AUGGUGUAUCCUUUCCGCAGGGCUGGAGAAAAGCUGAAGACUGUUGCGAAGAUGGAUACGUGGGUGCGAGGUCAAUCCGAAGAGAGGACCACAGCGACGAACCCUUCGACCCGGUGCUAUCUCCUUGAACUGCCCACAGAGCUGCUGCUAGAGAUCAUCUCGCAUCUAUCUAUAGUACCUGAAACAUGCCUGGCUCUGACCUGUAAACGAUUGUUUGCGAUAUCCGGAGCCAUUUUCAGAUCCGUAAGGUUCAGCCAGGAUUUUGCACCUCUAUUCCACCAUUACCGAAACGGACACAACUUCGUCACCACACGAUGGCAACUCAUCAACAUACUAGAGAACAGCAGGUGGUGGGCCUGCUCGAAAUGCUUGAAGCUCCAUCCGCGAGAUGCCUUCUCCUCUCGCGAACUCAGGCGCAAACCGGAGGAACGAGCAUGUAUGUUGGGUAACUUUGCGGGCAUAGUCGACUUGUGUCCUUGCAAGAAAUUGACGUUUCGAGAUAAGAUGGAUCUUGUUGAACUUUUGAAAGUGCGACAGCGGUCAGUUGCCGCCUUACAGUCUCAGUUCGGCGCCGGCAUUCAACAGCGGUUCUGCUGGCAUUCUUGCUCCAAGGACUAUGGCCCUACGCAGCUGCACAUUGAGAUCUUCCCAGAGCUGAACGAUCAAGAUCAGUUGAGAAUCAAGACCGAAUACAGAUUGACAACGGAAUCCGGGAAGCUAGGGAAGGAAGAAUACAUAACGCCCCGGUUCGGAUGUGCUCAUCGAUCAGUCGACCUGUGGCUUUCCAGUCAUCUGCGCGUCAUGCAAGCGGAUAUCAAUUUGCAAUUCUUGCAACUCAGUGCUCAAGUGUCCUCGGAGGCAACCUUCCCAUGUUAA